AUGUUCAAGUCGGCGCGAUGGAGGAGCGAGAAGAACAAGGUCAGAGUUGUAUUCAGAUUGCAGUUUCAUGCAACUCAGCUGUCACAGUUGGGAGGGGAUGCAUUGAUGGUAUCUGUGGUUCCUGCUGAUGUUGGAAAACCGAGUGUAAAAUCGGAGAAGGCAAUAGUCCGAGAUGGGGUUUGUUUAUGGGAGAAUCCGGUAUAUGAAACCGUGAAGCUCAAUAGAGAUUCAAAAUCAGGGAAGAUUCAUGAGAAGAUAUACUACUUUAUCUUGGGGACGGGUUCAUCUAAAGCUGGGGUUGUUGGAGAAGCUUCGGUUGAUUUUUCAAUUUAUGCUGAGGCAGCUAAGGUCUCUGUGUCUUUACCCCUCAAGAAUUCAAAAUCAGAGGCUAUGUUGCAUGUUUCGAUCCAAAGGAUACAGGACUCUGCUGAUCAAAGAGAGGUUGAAGAAAGUGAGGAUGCAAAAUUGAACUCCCAAGACAGGAGCUUGAGGGCACAGUUAAGCCAUGGCGACAUAGAUGAGACCAUUAGACACAAUUCUAUUGAAGAUGUACCUUUCAAUAAAACUGUUUCCCACAUGAAUGGCAACCGCAGAGUAUCUAGUGGAUCUGAUAUCACUAUGUCGAGUUCUGAGAGCAGCUCGGGACUCGAGACACCUUGGGAACCCCAGAGGAAGAAUUCCGAUCACGAGCCUAGCAGACAUCCAUCGUCUCUGAGCCAUUACUCGGGGACUCAGCAGCCAAAACCCGAUGCACCAACAGCAAUGUAUGACGAGCAUCAAACGGCACAAUGGGAGUGUCUCGGGAGUUCUGCCUUUGAACCAAGUACUGAUGGUACUUCAAGCACUCCGAGAGAAAUCAUUAUUCGGGAACACUCCCAGGAGGCUUCAGAUAUUGUGAUUGAGAAACUCAAAUCUGAGCUUGCUGCUUUAUCCAGGCAGGUAGAGAUGUCGGAAUUAGAACUGCAGACUCUUCGUAAGCAGAUUGUGAAAGAGAACAGAAGGGGGAAAGAUCUCUCGAGAGAAAUUGCUUCCUUGAAAGAGGAAAGAGACGUGCUCAAGGAAGAAUGUGAAAAACUUAAAGCCUUCCUGAGACGUUUAGAUGAAGCAAAAAAUGAAACCAAUUUGCCCUUUGAGGGAGUAGAUCCUCAGGCACUUGCUGAAGAACUCAGACAAGAACUAAAUUAUGCAAAUGACCUUAAUGCCAAUCUUCAGAUUCAACUUCAGAAGACUCAAGAAUCAAACUCGAAAUUAAUUCUUACCGUGCAAGACCUAGAUGAGAUGUUGGAACAAAAAAAUCAGGAAAUAUUAUCCCUUACCAGCAAAACAGGGACGAUUAACAUUGAUGUAAAGUUACGGGAAGCAAACUCCAAGUGUCAAACAGAUGACGACGACGACGAUGAACAACAAAAAGCAUUGGAGGAGCUCGUGAGGGAGCAUAAUGAUGCCAAGGAAGUGUACCUUCUUGAACAACAGAUCAUUGACCUCCAUAGUGAAAUAGAGAUAUACAAGAGAGACAAAGAUGAACUCGAGAUGCAAAUGGAGCAGCUAGCCCUCGACUAUGAGAUCAUGAAGCAGGAAAAUCACGACAUGUCAUACAAACUGGAGCAAAGCCAGCUACAGGAACAACUGAAGAUUCAGUAUGAAUGCUCGUCCACAUAUGCCUCUUCACGUGAACUUGAAAGCCAAAUUGAAAGUCUGGAGAAUGAACUGAAGAAGAAGUCAGAGGAAUUUUCUGAUUCAUUGGUCACAAUAAGUGAACUUGAAGCCCAUGUUGAAAGCCUGGAGAAUGAACUGAUGAAGCAAUCAAAAGAAUCCUCGGAUUCAUUGGUUACAAUAAGUGGACUUGAGGCCCAUAUUAGAAACCUGGAGCAUGAACUGAAGAAGCAAUCAAAAGAAUUCUCAAAUUCAUUGGUCACCAUAAGUGAACUUGAAGCUCAUGUCAAGAAUUUAGAGGAAGAACUCGAAAAGCAGGCAACAGCAUUUGAAGCUGAUCUGGAAGCUCUUACUCUUUCCAAAGUUGAGCAGGAGCAGAGAGCAAUACGAGCUGAAGAAACAUUGAGAAAGAUGCGGUGGCAAAAUGCUAAUACAGCAGAGCGGCUUCAGGAGGAAUUUAGAAGUCUUUCUGUUCAGAUGGCUUCUACUUUUGAAGCAAAUGAGAAAUUAGCCAAUAAUGCACUGGUUGAAGCACAUGAGCUCCGCAUACAGAAAAUCCGCCUGGAAGAAAUGCUCCAAGAAGCUUCUGAGGAACACCUGUCUGUUAAGGAUCGGUAUGAAGCUAGAUUGCAACAACUUUCCAGUCAAGUGACAUCGAUGAUAAAUCAAAUACAACAGAUGGAGUCAGAAAUUGAAGACAAAACACUGCAGCUUGAACACCAGAAAAAGCAUGCUGAUGAAACUCAAAAGCUCCUCUCUGAAGAAAUUCAAAUGCUUAAAACUGAGGUUGAAACAUAUGUAAAAGAGCAAAAAAUCCUCUCAGAGCAGGCAGGAUGUAAGGAAAUUUUGACUGAAGAGCUGGAACAAAUGAGAGAAACAAUUAAGGAGUUGGAAUUGCUUUUAGAUGACGGGAACAACGAAAGAAUUGAACUGGAGAACAAGGUUGAUUUUGUAAAGAAGGAAGCUGAGGAGAUGCAGAAGGAAUUAAAUGAAAUGAGAUGUAGUGCUAAUGAAAAGGAAUCGCUGGUCUGGAAUCUGCAUUCAGAGAUAGACACACUUAAAGCUCAGUAUAAAGAGUUGAAGCAUUGUCAAUUGGAGGAUGAGUUGGAAAAAGAGAAACUAAGGAAGCAAGUGUUUCAAUUAAAAAGCGAUCUUAAGAAGAAGGAAGAUGCAUUCAGUAGUUUGGAGAAAAAGAUAAAGGAAAGUAAUGAGCAAGCAACAACUUUUGACGGAGCAAAAGCAACUUCUAAAACUAGCAAAUCUAUGCCUCCUCUUCUUGGCUCCAAAGAGGUCACCAAUCUGAAGGAGAAAAUAAGAUUGCUCGAGGGUCAGAUCAAGUUAAAGGAAACUGCACUGGAGAGGUCGACUAAUUCAUUUUUAGAGAAGGAAAAGGAUCUUCAUAACAAAAUUGAAGAGCUACAGGGAAGACUUGAAGUUCUAAACCAAAGCAGUUUCAAUUUUUGUCAAAACGAAUUCCAAAAGGUAACUGAAAAAGUAAUAAAUGCAGAAGAUGAUACCAGGACGAUGACCAGCAUAUCCAAUAUAAACAGCUCUUUGACAGUAUCGCAAAAGAAUGACGAUCUGACCAUCUUGGACGAACUGAAAGCCUCUUCAAAUAAUAGUCAAGACCUCGAGGAAUCAUUAAGUUUAAUUUCUUUUCUGAAGGAGAAGAACAAAUCAAUGGAAGGUGAACUGAAAGAAAUGCAGGAGAGAUAUUCAGAAAUAAGUCUCAAAUUUGCAGAGGUCGAGGGCGAACGACAACAGCUCUUUAUUUGGCAUCCACAUUCUGCCACAGCAGAUGAAUUUGGUGCCUUUGAGUUCACUGUAACUCAAUCUGGAAUUGCUUAUUGUGAUAAAGUUACUAGGUCCGGUCCUGAGUUUGCUAAUGGAUUCAAUUCCCUAGAUAUACCGACAGUGUUACAGGUGGUUCCUAGCUUCUUCUCCGAGCAAAUUCCAUUUUCUUUCUUCUCAGCUUUUGGCCGGAACUAUGGCUUCGCCGAUUGCCAAGCUCGGGCUUCUAUCGAUGGACAAUAA